AUGGCAACCACAACCACCACCUCAAACCCCACUCCAACAAUGACCUACUACGACAUCGCCAUGCGCCCCCCAGUAACCCGCAACGCCGCAGCCGUAAAUCCCUGGAAAGCACGACUCGCACUGAACUUCAAAAACGCCCCCUACUCCACAACAUGGGUCAAGCUCCCUGAAGUAUCCAAAGUGCGCCGCAGCCUGAACCUCCCCGCAUGUCGCAAAUUCGCCGACGGCAGCGACUUCUACACCCUCCCUAUCCUCUCCGAUCCCACUACAAAUUCCGUCAUCGGCGACUCUUUCGAUAUCGCGGUCUACCUACAAAAGACCUACCCCGCCUCCGGUGGCGGGGAUCUCCUCCCUCCGCAGAACCUGGAUUAUGAAUUAAAAGAGGAGCUGAAGGUGCUGGUGCCGCUAUCGGAGCGGAAUGAUAUCGAAUAUGCGGACUAUGCCCGGUUUAAUAAUAAUGUCGAUGCGGCGUUUAGUGUGCAUACUAUGUUGAUGGUGCAGAAGAUGCCGUUUGAUCCGGAGACGGCGGAGGAGAGUAAGGCCGAGUUUGUCCGGCGGGCCGGGCUUAAGUCUUGGGAUGAUUUUACACUUGAGGGGGAGAAGAGGGAGCAGGUGUUGGCUUCGUUCCGGGAGAUGUUGGCGGAUCUGGCGAGGAUGUUUGAAAGAGAUACUAGUGGACCGUUCUUGUUGGGGGAGAGGCCGAGUUAUGCGGAUUUUAUUGUCGGAGGGUGGUUGAGGAUGUCGAGGGUUACGCUGCCGUCGACGGAGUGGGAGCAGUUGAGGGAGUGGCAUGGGGGUGUUUUUGGAAGGUUGCACGAUGCGUUGGAUGUAUAUGCUGAGGUUAAAUAG